GUAACUCGAAACACUUUAGAAAAGCCGCAUAAUCAUCAUAUCACGCAAAAAAAUAAAAUAGCAUUGCCCACCUAAACGACACAGAUUCCCGUCGUUUUUCGCACUUAUUUGCCGCCUUUCCUAUCCCCAAAAGAUUUUGCCCAUCUUUUUUAUGCCAAACCGCCAACAGCUUGCUUUCCUGGGAUCCUUCCUUGGCACAUUCUCCAUCCUCUUUGGUUCCUUCCACUACCUGCGCUCAAAGCUUAGGGACGCUGGCUACGACAUCUCGCGUAUUAUUCUCAUCGGUUUAGAGCCCCAUCCUUCACACAGACACGAACACACACACGCCAGUCUCAACGAACCAGAACGUGUCAUGCAGACAGGACAACUUUUCGACAUGGACUCGCCCGUCGCAAAGGUAGUGGCCUUGGCCUUGGCAGUGGCCAGCAGCGCGUUUAUAUAUGCAAAGUUAUCCUCUUCCUCCAAACGCAAGCCUGUUCUCGAUCCUCAAGUAUGGAAGGAAUUUUCUUUGAAGGAAAAAAUCGUCAUUUCACCCAAUACCGCCAUAUACCGUUUCGCACUUCCUGACCCACAGGAUGUCCUUGGUCUUCCCAUUGGACAGCAUAUAUCCGUCCAGGCCGAGAUUGCCGGCAAGGACAUCAUGCGUAGCUAUACUCCUACCAGCAGCGACGAUGACCUAGGUCAUUUCGACCUUCUUAUCAAGUCCUACGAAAAGGGUAACAUCUCGCGGUACAUCUCCCUCAUUAAGGUCGGCGACAAUGUCCGCAUCAAAGGUCCCAAAGGCCAGUUCAAGUACCACCCUGCUCUCUCACGCUCCCUCGGUAUGAUCGCAGGAGGCACCGGUAUCACACCCAUGCUCCAAAUCAUCCGCGCUGCGCUCAAAAACCCACUCGAUCGCACGACUCUUUCGCUUAUCUAUGCCAAUGUGAACGAAGAGGAUAUCCUCCUCAAGGCUGAGCUCGAUGCACUCGCGCAGGCACAUCCCAAGAGGUUCAAGGUAUUCUACGUCCUCAACAACCCACCAGCUGGUUGGACGGGCGGUGUUGGCUUCGUGUCGAAAGAGCAAAUAGAGAAGCAUAUGCCUCCUGCGGCUGACGAUAUCAAAGUUCUGAUGUGUGGACCUCCUCCUAUGAUGGGUGCCAUGAAAGAAAACAUCUUGCAGAGCUCAACUACACUGCACCACGCACUGUCAGCAAGCUCGACGAUCAGGUCUUCUUGUUCUAAGUUGUUCUUGAUACCAAUGUGUUUUGAGGAUUCACUGAUUCUGAUUCUGGAGGUUUAAUGGAUUUCUUAGAUGUGCUGUAUCUCUCUGAUCUGAAAAGUCAUGUGAUAUCUGUGCUGAUUGAGGUUAGAAUGAAAUUUUCAAAACU